CACUACUUGAACGUACCGACCCCCUUGUAGUUUACUGACAAACUUGUCCUUCACUCAUUCACCGUUCCAUCAACGUUGUUUGAGAAACAUCCAAAACGACCCUCCCAGCGUGUCCCAAAAAAGCGCCUCUGCGGUGAGCCCUCUCGAGCGACGCACACACGUCGGAUUCAGAGAGUGAAAUUCGCCUGGGAUCAACACACGUCGGGGUUGGGCUGGAUUGGGUGAGUCUUGGGGGUCUUGUCUUGUCGUCACGAGCAACCCUGGUGUGUGCGUGAUCACUCUUGCUCUUCUCGUCCUUCCCCUAAGAGGUUGUGCUCUCCACGAGCUGCCUCCCAUGUAAUCCAUUCUAUGCUGGUCGGAUGUGUUUUGAUAGUGGACAGUCCCAACAAUAGGACGCGUCUCUGGAAUCUGCUGUGCUGACACACGUCUUUGCCACCCAUUAUUCUCGACGACAUUAUAACGAGCAGACGCAGCAUAGCUCUGCUGCAUAAAACCGCGCGCGUGCAGUUUCCGUUCAACCGGUUUCUCCACACGAGAGCGUAGAUUGGGUACGAUGUACGGCGUUGCAGGUCCAAAGGCCCCAGUGGGCAAGUACGGCCAGCCAGUUGCUCCGAACCUCGCUGUUCGGCACCUGUGCCCCAACUGCCAGAUCGACCCUCCCAACAUUAUCGAGGAGUACAGCCACGGCGACCUGGUGUGCGCCGACUGCGGCACGAUCCUCGGUGAUCGUAUUGUGGACACCCGUAGCGAGUGUGACGAAGGCGGUGACGAUCCGUCGCGUGUCGGUGGACCCUCGAAUCCUCUGCUCGGCAAUGCAACGCUCGAGACGUCGAUUUCGGCGCGCGACGGUCGCACUGGUAUCUCGCGUGACCUUCAGCGCGCUCAGAGCCGUGCCAACCAGUCAGCGACUGGGCCUGGUGGACGUGCCACCCAAGCCCAACUUCAGGCCGCGUUUGGGCGCAUCAGCGAGAUGUGCGACGCGAUGCAGCUUCCGCGGUCCGUCGUUGAGAGCGCUCAACACGUCUACGUUAUCGCCGAUGAGGCCAAAGUGGCCAAGGGCAAGAACGACGACUCUCUCGUCGCCGCGUGCAUCAUUUACGCCUGUCGUGCCUCCGGUGCCGAGCGUUCGUUCCGUGAAGUGACCAAGGUGACCAAAGUCUCCAAGUCGGAGCUCGGCCGUGUCUUUGGCCACGUCCGCAACGCAGUCAUGCAGGAGAACCAGAAUAAGGGCAACGUCCUGCCUGUGGGCCAAGGUCUGAGCAACUCGAACAAUUCGGCCGAGGGUCUUUUGGGCCGUUUCAGCAACUACCUUGAUUUGGGAACCCCCAUCUUCAAUGCGUCCAAGCACAUUGCGACGGCAGCGGUCGCCAAGGCGGCGAUCGAUGGCCGUAGUCCGCUCUCCAUCGCUGCAGGAGUCCUCUACUUCACCACCAUCCUAUUUGAAACGUCCACCGCCUCAAAGGAUAUCGCGGACAUCGCUGGCGUGUCGGAAUCGACCAUCAAGCUCAUCUGCAAAAAGGUUGCAGAGUCGCUCGACGCUGUCAUCCGGCCAGAGUGGAAAACUGCAUACCCCAGUGGUUACGCUGCUCUAGCAGCUCUGGGGAAACCCAACACUCCUGCCGCUUCCAAGUCGUCUCGCGCAGGUACCCCCAGCGCCAGCAGCAACGGCGCGGCGAGCGGAACAGCGAACGGCGUCAAGGCCAGUGCAACGCCGUCCCCCGAAGACAGCGUCAAGGCCGAACCCAAUGGCAAGGCGGACCAGUCGGCGGGUUCGGUCAAGGGCGCGGCGCCGAAACCCGACACGAAAGCCUGAGGAGAGAUCCAACGCCAAGCCGACAUGGCCUGGAAGUAUGACAUUCGUGUCAAGAGCCGAAUGGGAUUGUUCCAGCUUCCGCGGCAAAGAGGGGCAGUUCCGUUGGCACGUUGGCAGCGGCCUUGGCCGACUAUAAUAGAGCACCAUGUGGAUGGGGAGGAGAUGAGCAUGAGGUCACAUAUGUUGAAGGAGAGUGCGGGGGUGCGCGGGAACAUGGCCCCACGUGUGGUGGUGUGAGGAACGCCAAUAGUGUGCCAUGUAACGUAAAGGCAGCAAACAAGACUGAAAUGUAUCGAA